AUGAUCAUCAAUCAAAGUAUCGCUGUCCUGUGUUCCAACAUAGUUCUCGUGCCAUACGAGAGAAAACACGUGGCAGUAUACCAUGAGUGGAUGAAGUCGGAGGAAAUUCGACAAUCAACUGCAUCAGAACGACUUACUCUUGCAGAGGAGUAUGACAUGCAAAAAAAUUGGCGUACUGAUGCAGAUAAACUGACUUUUAUCAUAUGUACUGUUCCCCAUAGAUAUACAGAAGACAUUAGGACUGGAGUUUUUGCGUCUUCGGAGUUUAUGGUUGGAGAUGUGAAUUUAUUUAUAUCCGCUGCCGAUGAGAUUACCAAUAAUUUUAUUGGAGAACUAGAAGUAAUGAUUGCGCCGCUUGAAGCUAGACGAAAUGGAUACGCUCGCACAGCUUUACUCGGAUUCUUACGAUAUGUUAGUAACCACACGGACGAAAUACUUGCUGAAUAUCGAGGGCAAAACAGCGAGGAGAAUCAUCUCAGUCUAAAGGUCAAGAUUGGCAGCGAAAACCAAAAAAGCAUCAAACUUUUUGAAAGCAUAGGGUUUUGCAAGACAAGGAGUGAUCCCGAUUACUUUGGAGAGUACGAGUUUAGAUUUGCAGACUUUUCGGGUAGAAGAGUUAGUUCAUUAAUGGAUCAAUAUAGAAUACAAGAUUACCUUGAGUUCCCUUACCGCGAAGUGUCUGAUUUAGAUUAA